UAACAAGUAAACAUACGGAUACGGUAAGAGGUAACAAUAUAUAUGUGUGUAAUUUACCUUCCCACCAGCAGAGACAGCGUGUAUUAAUAUCCUUGGUAUUUCUCUUGGCAUUGUGGUUGGACCGAGUGAGUCGUGACGACCUCGAGGGUUAACAUAACAAGCCUGCAGAUAACAUAAUAUCAUAUUGUUAAUGCACGAAAGAAUGGAGAGAAAAUGGUGACGAAAAUAAUUCGUAACAUUGAUGCGGUGUUCCGCGUUCGACGCAGUUAAAGUUAAUUUCUCCAGGUUUAUAGCGACUUGGAAGUAGUCAAGUUUUCAAAACAUGAAUACCCACCUUUUGCCUUGUUAUGAUUUACUGAGUUUCACAUAUUUGUGCAAUCGUGAAAUAACGAUUUUCCGGAACGUUAAUCGUUACAAUAACGUUACUAACUUCAGCCUUAUGUCUCUCUUCAGCUAAUGCGCUCGGAUCAAGCGAUAAGGAAAAUUCAGCGUUUCAAAAGCGGACUGUAAAUACCGAUAAACGCACAAAGAUAUAAUAUUGUGUACACCGAAGUGAUGGACCGAUUUCCGCUGACUAGGAACGCGACGUCGCUCGCUAAUUUCAAGUGUAACAGAUAGUCGCUUGUCUUACACUGUCCCUCGACUCGUUAUAUUGAAGUUAGUCACGUUAUCGUAUCGAUUCGUGCUGAGGAAAUCCGUUAUUUCGGGAUUUGGAAUCGGCUGAAAGUCAAUUAUACCAGGUUACACCGUAAUAAAGCAAAACACACUCACAUAUCGAAAACUUAGUUCCUUCGAAAUCAUUGUAAAAGUAUUAGACUGAAGUUAGUAACCUUAACGCAACGAAACAUUGGGGGGGGGGAUACUAUUUUGCAAGUUUAUAGUGACAUUGAAGUAGUUAAGUUUUUAAAAUAUGAAUACGUUUUCUCUUAUUAUGACUUAUUGGAUUACAGACAGUUCUGCAACUGUGAAAUAACGAUUUUUUCGAAACGUAGAUCAUUACAAUAACGUUACUAAUUUCAGCCUCAUGUAAAACUAAACAAAUUGUGAUUUUUACCCCGAUGUUUCGUUACGAUGACUAAGUAACUAACUUCAACCUUGUCUCGACUCACCGUUUCCGGUACGCCGAUACGCGAAUGUUUGUUACUUCCGGUUACUCGUGUAGUAAACUGAGGCGCGCGGUUUUUAUUAUCAAAAACUUGUUUUAUUCCUCUCUUAUAUUUUUACAAUGUAUGAUAUGUAAUUUGAUUGUAAGAAGUGAAAAUAAUAAAACGAGAGAAUUAAAUACCGAGAAUUAGAACAAGGCUGAAGUUGGUAACGUUAACGUAACGAAACAUGAUGGAAAAAAACGUUGUUUUACAACUUUAGAACGGCAAUCUCAGGAGUUGGCCCUUCAAAAUAUGAACAAGUUUUCUUUGUUGUGAUUUGCUAUAUUUGAAGUAUACAUAUAAUGAUUUUUCCCAAACAUUCAUCGUCGAAGUAACGUUACCAACUUCAACCUAGUGAAUUAGAGUUAAACGUUGUGCGUUCGUUCGUUCUCAUAUGUAGAUCAAACGCGGUGAUCAAUUUUUAUUCAAUACCGGAAGUUGGAAACGUUUAAUGAACCUGACAACUUCUAUGUCGCUUUAUAGAUAAAUACCCACACACAAUACGAAAUUUUCUUUUCCUGCGCGAUGAUGGAAGUUUGUCAUUUUCGAUAUUAUACAAUACGUAUAUCAGCAGAUAUGGUCGAACGUGUUUAAAUAAUUUUACACCCGUCAAAUUGAUGAUACAUAUUACGUGUGAAUGACCGACUAUUUUACACGAUUAACACGGUGAAAAUCUUUAAACUCGACGUAUCAUUCAUCUCGCUAUAUCAAUCAUCCCUGUCUCGAGUUAUUAUUACAUGAGUAUUCUGUUUCCUAUUUAUAAAUCGACCCGAUACAGUUGCUGCUCCUGCCGUGUAUCAGGGUUACUGACUGGCUCUCAAGAUUCGAAAAUUGGUACCGCGAAGAGUUUUAUUCAGAGCCCACUUGCAUCGUAAUCACAAUAAGUAACAAAUGCGUCUAAACACACGACUCAAAAGUGAUUUAACGGGCUGAAUUCGCAGAUUAAGUAUUAACAGAAAAUUGAUUCUAAGAAGGUAUUUUCAUAGAUUCUAUUCUACGAACGAUACCUCUAGGUAUGCUUCAGUGUAUACACUCAACAUCGACAUCCGUAGCGAUACAAUAAUUCAAACUGCGCAUUGAUAGUUGAUACAUGCGGCAGUAAGAACAAAAAUGGGUAAACAAAAAUUAAUUUUCUCCUUCGCCCACUAAUACGGAGUACACCAAAUAUGAAGCGAGACGGCCUGGACGCGUAUUCGGACUAUACUUUUAAACCGUAUAUGAUACUACAUAUAUAUGUAUAUAUAACAUAAACUAAUUGCCAGCGUCGUAAUACGUAAUUAUUAAAACGUCAAGGCCGCAGCAGUAGCAGCAAGUCAAGCAACAGCAACAAGUCAUGCAGGCGGAUGAUACGUUGGUGAAGAUUUAAAGAUGAAUAACAUUCUUUGAAUCCCGGAAUUUAUCCCCCCUCCUCCCUCCCACUCUCUAUCUCUAUCUUUCGCGUUGACAUUCAACAGCGCACAACGACAACGACGACGAUUCAAGUUUUAUAAAUAGAUAUAAUGAAGCACAUAUAUAUAAAGAACUCUUACGCUUCUAAUAUGCAGUGGCUGGUAGUGACAGUUUGUUUGUACGCUGGUUUGGCUAACGCUAGAACCGAGGAGGAUCAGUCGCUGGCAGCAAACAGCUCGGGAGCAUCGGGCGCCUUUUAUGAUCAAUGCUUUUAUAGACCUGCUUCAGACUGUCCGGAAGCGAAAGAUUGUCACUGUAAGCGGAUUUCUGACGUAAACGACAACCCGGAGCACAAUGCAAUUCUCUGCUGCAACGUAAACAACGCUACCCUUGAGCAAGGACUUUCUUGUACAGGAACAAACAACACCGUUACCCAUAUUCAUAUUAGAAAUGCGACCAUCGAUACUAUUUUUGCCGAUGACAAAAGAUGGAGGUCCUUAAAAUCACUGGCCAUCACUGACGGAAGCGUAAAACACGUCAAGGAACAAUUCAUGAUGAUGACGCCGCUGGUUUGUUUAAACUUAUCCAAUAAUGGUCUGGUCGACAUUGCGGACAACAGUUUAAAUCGUCUUAAUCAGCUCACGACUUUGGACUUGUCCAAUAACAAAUUACUUGACUUACCAAAUUUGAACAGCAUCAAGGAUCGGGUAUUCUGGCUGGAUAUCGCAGGUACCGACACAAUCUGGUGUCAGAAUAUCUACGAGUAUAUUAAUAAAACUGUGCAAAAACAGAUCAAAUUUAACAGAGAACCUGAAACAGUCUGUUCGACCAACAAAACUUGGCACUGGUUCAACACAACGGAACAUUUGUGGCUCAGUCAAUUGCGUUAUAUUAAUUCGCUGCAACCUGAUUGUCCAAAAGGCGACUCGUGGCAGUGCAAAUGCGACGUUAACAGACUAGAUAUAGUUCUAGGAAAGACGCCGAUGUUAACUGUCACUGUCGACUGUUCGUCAAUUCAGCUCUCGGAAUUGCCACAAAAAUUGCCCCGUAAUACAACUUCUCUUAACGUAUCGGACAACAACAUAACGGUUCUCGACGAUUUAAGCAACAAUCCUUACUACGAAGACAUCAGGGUAUUCCUUGCGGAUAACAACAAAAUUUCAUCUAUUAAUAAACUAGAGGGAUCUAAAUUCCUUGACAAUUACGACAUGCUCAGUUUGCGAUUCAAUAAAAUCAAAACUCUUCCUGGAUACAUUUUGGCUCCUUACACACACGGCAAAACAUUUUCAAGCAACAGGCAUGUAAUGCUCGGGGGAAACAAAUUGCAUUGCGAUUGUAACACAGCUAAAUCCGUAAAGGUAUGGUUGCAAACACGAAUUAUGGACUAUGACGAGGUAUUGUGUGAAAAUGUUAGAGAAAAAGUUAUCGACUUGGAGCAAGCGAGGAUGUGUGUGUAUCCGGGGGACUGGACGGAUUAUAUAUACUACAUUAUCGCUUUGGAAAUAAUACUAUUGUUUAGCCUUGUUGCAAAAGUAUCAUACGACUAUUGGGUCUUCAAAACAGCCGGCUAUUUACCGUGGCCAGCAAAUAAAAUGCCAAAAUUGCCCUGCGACUGGCUGUGUGAAACGUAGUUUGUUGAAUUUCAUAAUUUAACGAAACCCUGCAUCUCAACUGUGCAAUUCGAGUGCAAUUUAGUGUUCGGCGAGAUGGUUUAAAAUCAUCUCCUUAUCUCAUGAAAAUUUCCAGGCGUUCCAUUAUUGCAUUAGUUCAAUUAUGUAAAAAGUGAACUGUUAAAGUGGAACUUUUCAUUCGAGACAUCCUAGACUUGUGAGUUGUGAUACACCUUGUCAUUGGCUAUGAAAAUCAUUCGAGGUCUACAAACGUGACUGGGCGUAACUACAAACAGUCACGAUUCUCUUUUUGAUUUUUUUUUUUUGUAGGCCUUCUCAACAUUUUUAAUCUCUGACAAUAUUGAUCGGUGUAUUCUGAUUUGAAUCAAAUACGUUCGUGUACUAAGAAGAGUCGGUACUGUUUUUGUCUCCCUUUCACGUAAAAAGACGCAAGCACUGUUUAAAGUUUUACACAAUGAACUGAUGAUGGAUGGUAUUCUUCCUCAACAAAAACUUUAUACACUGCAUGAAUAAGAAUCUUGAUCACCUAUUUUUCAGAAAAGCAUUUCUCCUUACAAGUUAUUUACAUCAAUCGAAUUGAAAUACUAGUAAUAACACAUGUCAUAAUAAUUUUUCUACAAUGCAGCAUAAAUCGAGUUUGAUAUGGGGCUAACAAUAAUUAUUGUUUUUAUAUUAAAAAAACCAAACUAUUUUUGCUCAAUAGUGCUUACGUUAUGAUUUUUUUUUUCAUGUAUUCUAAAGGUUAAAACAAUUAUUUGUAUAAAUUAUUGCAUGUAAUACUCGAUAUAAUACCUUUCGAUCAAUGCUCCAGGGUAGCGUUGAAUACGAUGUCGAAAUAAUCUCACACUGAUGAUUCGGUGCCUUAAAGUAAUUGUUUAACAAACUUUUCUUGUCUGUUGAAUCCGAAUUAUGUUAAGACUGAUGUGGUAACUGUUUGUUAAGUUAAAUUGAUAAUUUAAUUCCGUCGCCAAAGUUGAUUGUUUCAUCGAUUCUGUUUUAUAAACAAUAUAUUCGUUUUAUCCUUUUAGUUUAUUAACUUUUUUUUUCCUCCCAUGACAUAAUAAAAAUUUCACCAGCUUCUGUAACGCCAUAACUAUAUGUACAAGGUUUGACGAAAUUUUCGGACGAUCUUGCCUUACAUGAAUAUAGGGAAUCAGAAGAUUUAAUUAAGUAAGCGAAUUAACUGGUAUACACAGAUUACUGAUAAUUUUUUUUAAAAAUAAGCCAACCUUCUAGUCUGUACUCACUGCUGUCUUUUCUGUAAGUCUAUGUCUAUGUCUAUGUAAAUACCGAAUAAGGAAAAUCUUUUUGUACAAAAAUCGAUCUGUGUCGUAUGGAUGCCGUAUUUCUUAAUAAAUAUUUAUUAUGUUUUU